AUGCCACCAAAAGGAUGGAGAAAGAACGCUGAUGGCCAGUAUCCACAGCCAAAUAAGGACUCAGAAUUGGUAUCCAUAGAUGAUAUUCUUUUUCCCAAGAGCACGGUGCAAAAGUUGGCCAAAACCAUCAUAAGUGACGAGGAAGGUGGUCACAACAUGAUCAUUGCAAAGGACUCUCUUAUAGCACUUCAAAGGUCAGCCACCGUGUUCGUAUCACAUAUGAUGUUCUAUGCCAGGCAUGUGGCCAAGACUUCAGGCAGGAAAACCAUCAACACCCAGGACGUUUUCCAAGCAUUGGAGAACGCUGAAUUCUCAGGAUUCUUACCUGAAGUAAAGCUGAAAUUAAGUGUAUACGAGAACGCUGUCAACUUGAAGAAGAAGCAAAAGUUGGAGCUCAAGGUUGAUGAAGAAUCAAGUGAUCCUGCUGCUAAGAAAUUGAAGGCUAACCAGGAAAUAGCCAUUGAUAGGACCGAGGAGGAGGAAGCCGAAGAAGUAGAGGUCGAAGAAGAUGAUGAAGAGGAUGUGGCUGAACCUGAAGAUGAGGAUGUGGAUGAGGACGCUACAAAAGAGGAAGUGGAAGAAGUUGAAGUCAAUCCUAUAGCUGCCAUUUCAAAGGACGAGCAAGAGUUACAGGGACCCGAGCUAGAAGAGCCUGCUGAUGAGAAAGACAGCAGCGAUGAAGAAUGA